CUCAGUCAGUCGGCCUUUCUGUUCCUCUCUGCAGUUCGGUCCCAGAGUGUGAUGACCGGUGAGCAAAUGGCAGCCUGUAACCUGUCAUCGACCCCUAACCCUCUGGAAAGACCUAUCAAGAUGGGCUGGCUGAAGAAGCAGAGAUCCAUCGUGAAAAACUGGCAGCAGCGUUACUUUGUGCUGAGGGCACAGCAGCUGUACUACUACAAGGACGAAGAGGACCUAAAGGCACAGGGCUUCAUGUAUCUGCCAGGAAGUACCAUCAAAGAGAUUUCCACAAACCCAGAUGAAACUGGCAAGUUUGUCUUUGAAGUCAUCCCAGCCUUGUGGUAUCAGAAUCGAGCGGGACAGGACCCUUACGUUCUCAUGGCCAGCUCCCAGGCAGAGAUGGAGGAGUGGGUGAAGUUUCUCAGGAGAGUAGCUGGCACACCCUCCGGAGCGGUGUUUGGACAGAGCUUAUCUGAGACUGUUGCCUAUGAACAGAAGUUUGGCACCCAUCUCGUGCCCAUUCUGGUGGAGAAAUGUGUGGAGUUCAUCUUGGAACAUGGCCUGAAUGAAGAAGGCAUCUUCCGCCUGCCAGGGCAGGACAAUUUGGUGAAGCAGCUGAGAGAUGCAUUUGAUGCAGGGGAGCGGCCCUCCUUUGUGAAAGACACAGAUGUACACACAGUGGCCUCCCUGUUAAAACUCUACCUUCGAGACCUUCCAGAACCCGUGGUUCCCUGGAGCCAGUAUGAGGCAUUUCUGCUCUGUGGACAGCUCAUGAAUUCAGACGAGACAAAGGCUCAGCAGGAGUUGAUGAAGCAACUCUCCAUCUUUCCUCGAGAUAACUACAGCCUCCUGAGCUAUCUCUGCAGGUUCCUCUAUGAAAUCCAGCUGAACUGUGCAGUUAACAAGAUGAGCGUGGACAACCUGGCCACUGUGAUAGGAGUCAAUCUCAUCAGGUCAAAGAUUGAAGACCCUGCUGUGAUCAUGAGAGGGACUCCUCAGAUCCAAAGGGUAAUGACUAUGAUGAUUCGAGACCAUGAAGUCCUCUUCCCCAAGUCCAAGGAUGCACCCCUGUCACCUCCUGCCCUGAAAAAUGACAUUAAGAAGCCACCAGUGGCCCGAAGCUCUGUGGGCUGGGACGCAACUGAAGACUCCCCAAUUUCACGGGUGGACAGCUUCAGUAAUACGGCAAGUGAUUCUGACACAAACAGUCCCACUGGACUUCAGCUGAGUGACAGGUACCUGGAUGAAUCCAGUAAACUCUCCAAGGAAAAUCCAGGAGAUUGGAAGCUACAGUCACGGAAAAGGACACAAACACUUCCUAACAGAAAAAGUUUCUUGACCUCAACUUUGCAUGAGGCCAACAACAGUAAAGUGGAAAUCUUUAAAAAAGAGUUUUGGUCAACUUCAGAGACCAAGACAGGAGAUGGACACAAAAGGACAAUGUCUCAAAAUUUGGGCCGUCUUUCCAACUCCCAGCGGACUUCAACUUAUGAUAACGUCCCUGCCCUUCAAGUGUCCCCUGAGGACAAAGCUAGUGCAGCAUCUUUACCCCCCACCUAUGACUCUAAAAAAGACAUUCUUGCUAGUCCCACUUCUGAAGUUGGGCCUGGAACAAAGGACUCUGGAGAAUGGGAACUUGAAGUUUUCCAGAGAGUCAUCCAGGAGCUACAGAAGGAAAUAGAAACACAGAAGCAAACCUAUGAGGAACAGAUUAAAAACCUUGAAAAGGAAAACUAUGAAGUCUGGGCUAAGGUGGUGAGGCUCAGUGACGAACUGGAAAAAGAGAAGAAAAAGUCUGCAGCCUUGGAAAUCAGCUUUCACAAUUUGGAGCAUUCUCGGGAGGAUGUUGAGAAGAGGAAUAAAGUCUUGGAGGAAGAAGUCAAGGAGUUUGUCAAAUUGAUGAAGGAACCCAAAACUGAUGCUUGA